AUGUGCUGCUUGAAGAAGCAGCAAAGGAAGGCAUUCUCCAAUCUCCUCAAAGCGUGCAUCGAUUCCCGGGAUUUCUCCCGGGGCCGCAAGCUCCACGGGCAGAUCCUCGCCAGCGGCUGCUCCGGCGACACCCACCUCGCCAAUCUCCUCCUCACAAUGUACCGCCGCUGCCGCAGCCUCGACGACGCGCGCGCCGUCUUUGAUUCCAUCCCGGAGCCCUCGACAUGUCACUGGAACAUCAUCAUCGCGGCGUGCAUCGAGAGUGGCGACCUGGAUCUCGCGGGCAGCCUCUACGAGCGGAUGCCCUACCGGGAUCUUGUCACGCAAAACACGCUGCUUCAGGCAUUUGCCCACAUGGGGGAUCUGGAUCGUACGAAGAGGUUCUUCGAUCGAGGCCACAACAAGGACGUGAUCUCCUGGAACAUCAUGAUCAAGGCCUUUGGCCAAAGAGGGCAGUGUCUCUCCGCCAGAGAGUUCUUUCAACGCAUGCCCCAGAGGAGCGUAGUGUCCUGGACGACGCUCCUCGCAGCAAAUGCCGCUUUUGGGCAUUUGGAAAAUGCCGAAAGAAUCUUUGAUUCCAUGCCGGAGCGAGACGCCAUCACUUGCAAUGCGAUGCUCCACACGCGCGCGGACAGGAUCGAUCUUUGCCGGGAGUUCUUCCGCCACAAGAUGACCCACAGGGAUCCAAUCAGCUGGAACACGCUCAUCGCGGUGCUGGCGAGUGCGGGGCACUUCCUCGAGGCCCGGGGCGCGUUCGAUCGGAUGCCGCGCACCAACCUGGGCGCCUGGAACGAGAUGAUAUCGAUCUUCUCCAGGAACUCGCAGCUCCAGGAGGCGAUUCAAGCCUUCGCCAAGAUGCCGGAGAGGGACGUUCUCUCGUGGAACUCCAUCGUCCAGGCCUACGCGCUCAAUGGGCACCUGGAUGAGAUCGGUGGCGCGCUGGAGAGAAUGCCACAGUGGGGUGCCGCGAGCUGGAAUUCCUUGCUCCAGGCACUGGUGGAGCACCGGCAAUUCGAUCUCGCCACCAUGCUCUUCCACGGGAUGACGCACAAGAGCGUCGUGUCGUGGACGUGUAUGAUCCCAGCACAGGAAGGACAAGAAAAGAGAGGCUCUCUUCCGGAAAAUCGCCAAGAACACGACGAUCCAAGCGCAAGCUCACCGGACAAGGAGAAGAUCUUCUUCGACAAGAUGCCGGCUUGGAACUCGGUGUCUUGGAACACACUCAUGAAAACCUACGCUGAGUCUUCGAAUUUGGAUAGAGCAAGAGAGUGUUUCUAUCUCAUGCCAGAUCCAAACUUGGUAACAUGGAACCUCAUGACGGCAGCAUAUGCCCAGUCUGGGCAUUUGCGGGAGAUGGAAGAGUUCUUCCGGCUCAUGAAUCUCAAUGGGGUUCCUCCAAACGAGAAAACGUUCACAAGCAUGAUUGGUGGGUGCGGCAGCUGCGGGAAAAUCAAGGACGCCCAGCAGUUUUUCAUCGCAAUGACAAUGGACUUCGGUCUCUCGCCGGAUCCAAUCGAGUAUCGCUGCAUGGUGGACGUGCUUGGCCGCCGGAGUUUCUUGAAGGAGAUGGAGGAUCUCGUCCGAAAUAUGCCAUUCCAUCCGCCAACCGAGGCUUUGCUUGCGGCGGAGAGCUACUGCCGGAUUCAUGCUGUGAAUUCGUAG